UUCUGCUAAUUUCCACAUUGGAGAUUGUAGAUAUGGACGAUAUCUAUCCAAAAAAAUUUACAGAAAUUGAAUUAUUAUCUCAGAAAAUUUAUAGUUUGGGAAGAUUUCAGUCUGAAGUAGCAGAGAAUUUGGAGGGUGAACUUCUUCAACCUCAUCAGCUAGUAGAUGGAUGGAUGAAUUUCUUUUCAGCAGAAAUUAAGGAAAUAUUGGCGAUGGAACGGAGAUUGUAUGAUGGGAAUUCGGCAGAGAGUCUUGGAUUACUUCAAUCAGUGAUUCAACAACUGAAGACGAUGAAGAAAUACAUCGCUAACCAAAUGGAACCAACUCCUGUUGAUUCUGAUCCAGUAAGUGAUUUGACUCAGAAAUCUACAAUUUCAUCAGCUGAAUCCGAAGAUGAAUCUCUUGACUGCGAGUUGCUUCCGCCGUUUUGCUUUGAAGAAGAUGAUGAUUCAACAACUUUAGACUCACAUGAACAAAUUUUUUUCCCUAAUUGGAGUAUUUUGAUGGAUACUUUUCACAUCAAAAAUGUUCUAGGUACAGAGAUACUGAAUCUCUACAAACCAAUUGACAGUCGUGAGGAUAUGCUAUUUGAUAAAAUAUAUGAACGAGAAUUCUGCUGUGCUAUGCUUCUUGUAUGGAAUCUUAGGAAUGGAAAGUGGGAAUACAAGCUCUUAAAUGAUGAUGGAGUUAUUUGUGGUGCUCAUGUUAAUGAAGGCAAUUCGGAAUACUUGAAGAAAUUGGUCUUCCUCCACAGCAAAGUACUAUGUAUGGAUUACUUCUAUAUGCAUUUUGGUGAUACUGGCUCGCUAUUUGAUCAUGGCAGAGAUGAUUUUCUCUGGCAACUUAAACAAGGUAAGGUAAUUUACAAGUUUAUAGUUGACGAAUGUCUUUUCAUUAUCAUCUAUUCUACCCACUGGAUAUACGAUCGUGGCAAGGUGCGAGAUGGUGCUACGGAGUAUUUUUCUUUUUCUUUUGUUGAUGCUUAUGAAUUUUAUGUUGAUCCAAAUACUUCUUGGGUGAUUGUUCUUUUUGGGUCAAUUUUGACGGAUGCAUACAAUGGAAAUUUGGUUUGUGAGCUGUUUCCAAGACAUGGGUAUCCGUAUGAAUUUCAGUUAUUCCAUCCUUCGCCAGAUGCAGUUAGAGUAGCAUAUAUUCAACUACAGAUAUAGUACAGAUUGCUUGGUGUUGUAAUUCGUCAUCUUGGGUCACUAGAUAUUUUUCAGAUUACUUUGAAGAGUUGUGCACCUGGCCACGAGUCUAUCUUAAUGGCUACUUCAAGCAUUCAUACAAGGUUCUUUACACUGCCAUUUUGGGUUAAAUUUCAUCUUAUGUUGCUCUUUUAUAAGGAUCAUAAUGAGUGGGUUACUCAAGUUGUUAGAACAUGUUCUUCAAUCAUUGGGAAGGUGUAUUUGCUAAUAACUAAUGUGGUAAGUUCAGCAGAUGAUUUUAAGUGGGUCUAUUAUUAUUCUAUUAUGGGGAUUCUCUCAUUUGCUAGAAAAUGCUCUGAAUUCUUGUGCCUAGGUUCCUUCUUACGUUUUCUUUUGCUGCCGUAUGAAGUGUGUGGUAGUCUAGUGGUUCGAGAGAAAAUAAAAAAGGUAUAUCCACAUUCUGCCAUGAUUGAUAUUUACACUCAACUUAAAUCUUAUUGGAGGAGAGCUUAUCAUCCAGUGAGAUGCUUAUUCAAACUAGAGUUUUGUGACAGAAUGGUGGACACUCAGGCCUCACCUAAUGUGUUUGAUCAUGGAAAGACGUGUUAUAGGUCCAGGGUAAUGGCCAAUUACAGUAAAAAAUGUGUUGUUGCACUUGUUUUCAAACUUGGAUACUCAUUAAAGUUGCUAUGGAAGGGCUCGAUUACAUUUAUAUUGGUUCAAGGGGUUGAGAUCGAUGUUGUGUGCAAGUUAUUGGAUAAAAGGUUACAACAGGGUACAGUUCUACGGGCUAGGUUGAUACUCCAACUGACAAGUAAUCAUGAAGUUGGUACUCUUUUGCAGCUUCAAUAUGGUUUUCCCUCUGCUACAGGAGACACAUUUUGUGAGUUGUGGAAGAGAGGAGCGAUGAAAGAACAAUUUCUGUGUUAUUGUUGCUAUACAGUCUUCGUUCUUAGCGCUAAAUAUUCACAACUACGUACAUUCAACACUUCAACUAUGUAUUCUCGUGGGUUUUUCAAGUGCAUUUUCAUGCUGCAAUCCAAUUGUCGCAGCUACAUCCUGGUGGUAAUCUUUGUUGGGAUCGAUCAUUUACCCAAUUGCUUCACGCCUUGAUUCUAACUGUGUUGUUGUUGGUUGGAUACUUGAGGUGGAAAUUCAGAUUGAUUCCACCUGGGUUGUGGAGUGUGAAAUUUUUUAGCUGGGUUGAUAAACAUUUUUAUCUCAGUGGUAUGCCUUGACAUAAACUGGAAUUAUAGGGACAAUCUGUUCUAUAAAGCUGAGGCCCGUAAUGGACUCGCAACAUCUUUUAUUAAGAGAAAUUUGUUCUCGACAAAUUUGUGGAGUACGGAAAAUGGUACUGGUACUAUAUGGAUUGUCGUCGAGUUACCUGGAGCACCUGGCUAUUUGAGUAGUUGUCUCUGUUUGGUGUUUGAUAGAGGAAAAUUGCUUGAAUCCAUAUUCAGGAAUUCUCAUUCGCAGAGUUUGGGUGCUGUUUCUAUUUAUUAUUACUCUGCAGCGAAUGGCUAUGGGUGGGUUUAUUUUAUUACAGGGACAGGUACACUGGGUACGGCUACAAUUCUCGGCAGGUUUCAGAAGCCAAAGCACCUGUUCAACGUAGGGAAAUGCGCACAAGACCCACUGCUUGCAUUUCAGGGAGGAAGCAAAACCAUUUAUGAACUGUGCACUUCGUAGGAAAAUGGUCAGUGGAAUGAUAAGCAUAUCAGAUUAUUCACUAGCGUUAUGGCUAUUGGGUUUAUCGUACGUAUUGGAAUGAGCUACCACUACCUUGUCUUCAGCCAGUUUGAAGGGGGUAUGUCGACUCCAUACCACAAUCCUUGUUCUUCGGAAGGUGUUACAUGAGAUGAAUAUCUGUCACUCAAGUUAAUUUUCAUCCUUGAGGACAAGGAUGUUUUCAAGGAGAGUGGAAUGUUGUAUCCCUGUGUAUUAGAGAGGGUGACCAUAUCAAGUUACUGUCAGUCUUUAGUAGUAGUUAUGUGUAAUAGUAGUUAGUGUAAGAGUGAGUACCUUUAUCAAUGUAAGAGAGGGUUAGAUGUGAACCACCUGGCUAAGUGUUGGUCGUUGGAUUAGUUUCGCAACUUAGCUUUAUAAGGUCUGAGUCGGUCUGUAUCGCAACCUAGUGGAAUAUCAUUUAUCAAAUUAGAACUUUGUUCUU